AUUUCAAUAUCACCGAAUAAGAAUGUUUCCAUACCCGAAGCAGAGAAAUCAUUACUUAAUAAAGAUCUAAAUAUUCAAGAUACAAAACUUUCUUCUUCUGAAUCUAAAUCAUCUAUUAUCUCUUCAUCCAAUCAGGAACAAAGUGCUAUUUCUUCCGAAACAAAAAUUCCCUAUAAUCAAAAGGUUGAAAAGGGUUUAAUAUGUGAGUUAUCUAUUACAAAGCAGGCCCGUAGGGGUGAGUUACACUCAUGGCUUGAAGAGCCUACAUUUAUUAACGAGAAAAGCCUUUCGAAUUCUAUACCUGAUAAACAAAUUCUUGAAAACAUGCUAGAUGGAGAUGAUUCAACUCCAGGUUCCGCAUUGCAUUUGGCCCAUUUAUUCGACAGGGCUAAAAAAACUGGCCAGAAAGAAAUUUUACGUUGGUAUUGUUAUAGUGAGGAAUUCGAAAAAAAGGUAACAGACAUUAGCUUUAAAAACGAACUUAACGAUCAAAUGGCGAGAACACAGAUUUAUAAUGAAAUGGAACCAUUUCUUCCUGGCAUUAAAAGAGAGUACUUGCGUAAAAAAACUCAAAAGGCUAGAAAUGUUUAUACAUUAUUCAAAGAAAUAGGAAUAGAUAAAAUCAAACAAGUUACAUAUAGUGCUGAUGUUAUUUCUAGUUUAACGGGAGUUCAAAUCCAAAAUAUAAUAAAGCUUUUCUCUGAAAAACCUAAUGUAAAAUUAGUAAACGAGCAAGCUGAAUGUCAAAAAGUGAUCGGCGUGAAGAAUCUUCACGCGCAAACAACCAAACGAUCUUGCUCAAAUGAUAUAUCAGUCACUAAGGUAAAUCUAUCUCCCAUAGAUUUGAAACUCAAGGCGAGUGAAGAAGCCAAAAAAGUAUUACCGGAAACUGGGAUAGAUGUAUUACCUUCAGAUACAAAAACCAACGUUAUUGCUUCACAGCCACAGGCUAAACCACCUGUAUCUCGACCUCCUAUCUCUAUUCUACCCGAUGAUCCAAAAGAGAAACGAAACCAUGUAAUUAAAAUGGUAUUGGAAAAG